UAUGAGUAUCAAGUGACAGAAUGUUGAGUAUCAAGCAUCAAACAUGGGUAUCAAGUGUCAAACAUGAGAAUCAAGUAUCAAACAUGAGUAUCAAGUGUCAGACAUGGGUAUCAAGUAUCAAACAUGAGUAUCAAGUGUCAGACAUGGGUAUCAAGUAUCAAACAUGAGUAUCAAGUGUCAGACAUGGGUAUCAAGUAUCAAACAUGAGUAUCAAGUGUCAGACAUGGGUAUCAAGUAUCAAACAUGAGUAUCAAGUGUCAGACAUGGGUAUCAAGUAUCAAACAUGAGUAUCAAGUGUCAGACAUGGGUAUCAAGUAUCAAACAUGAGUAUCAAGUGUCAGACAUGGGUAUCAAGUAUCAAACAUGAGUAUCAAGUGUCAGACAUGGGUAUCAAGUAUCAAACAUGAGUAUCAAGUGUCAGACAUGGGUAUCAAGUAUCAAACAUGAGUAUCAAGUGUCAGACAUGGGUAUCAAGUAUCAAACAUGAGUAUCAAGUGUCAGACAUGGGUAUCAAGUAUCAAACAUGAGUAUCAAGUGUCAUCAUGUUGAGUAUCAAGUAUCAAACAUGAGUAUCAAGUGUCAUCAUGUUGAGUAUUAAGUGUCAAACAUGGGUAUCAAGUGUCAAACAUGAGAAUCAAGUAUCAAACAUGGGUAUCAAGUUUCAGACAUGGGUAUCAAGUAUCAAACAUGAGUAUCAAGUGUCAUCAUGUUGAGUAUCAAGCAUCAAACAUGGGUAUCAAGUGUCAACAUGUUAAGUAUCAAGUAUCAGACAUGGGUAUCAGGUGUCGAGCAUGAGUAUCAAGUGUCAAAAUGUUGAGUAUCAAGUAUCGAACAUGAAUAUCAAGUAUCAACAUGUUGAAUAUCAGUACCAAACAUGAGUAUCAAGUAUCAUCAUGUUGAGUAUCAACUACCAAACAUGUUGAGUGAAUAUCUGAACCAAAAAGUAGUUAAAAAUUACGAAUAAAAAGCACAGAUGAGAGCACUAAUAUGAAAUCUGCUGAGGUUCGACAAACGGAAGUGAGCAAUAAGUCGAAGAAAUUUUGACAAGGUUCAAAAGCAACAAGCUAUAUAGUAGCUGUUCAGGUCGUUCAAAAAAUAAAACCAGUGAUUAUGCGGACGAUCCGAUGAGCGUUCGAAAUACAUAUUGCUGUGCAAAUGGAGGAAUCUGUCCAGCUGCUAUAUUGAAUUCCUCUCGCCAUUCUCCUUGGUACUGUAAGCUCAUCAAACCGUUUGUAUUUUGUGUGAUUACAUCGUUGCUGGGUACGUUGUUUGGUUAAACGACGAUUGUUAAUUAAGUGUGCUAACCAAGUGUAUUCGAAGAUAAAAAUCUUAUAAACAUUUCAGCAAUGUCAGUGUCUCAUCUCUGUGACAAAUACUCAGCUAGUACGACUUUUAGAAUAAUCAGAUCCGAUCUAGUAAAUCUGAGGGCACAUUUAAACACCCUUUCGAUGGAAGUGAAAAAUGUAAUAGAAACCCGGGACGAGUUGAGGAGUAAGUUGAAAGAAGUUGGAUAUAUAAUUCCGAAAAUGUCUGAAGCCAUUUUGUAUUUAAGGAAAGAAGUAUCCGAAGGUAUGAAGGCAAUGUCUCCAGAAACUGUUAAAGAUCUGGUAAGAAGUGAAUUGCAGACCUACGACGCUGAUAAAACUGGAAGAACAGAUUAUGCACUCGGAAGUUCAGGUUUUAGUUGAACACAAAAAUAUUUUUCUGAUAUUUGCCAGUCGAUAUUCUUAUGUGGAAAUACUUAGGUGGAACAAUUCUUUCAACAAGGGGUACAGAAACGUACUCGGCUGGUGCACCGGUACUGAAACUCUUUGGAAUACCUAUUUGUCAGCAACAGAACACACCUCACACUAUAAUUCAGACGGGAGUCCUUCCGGGGGAAUGCUGGGCGUUCAAAGGGAGCAGCGGAAGCGUUGUCAUACAAUUACUCGGUUUUGUACAGGUUUCUGGAGUCAGUAUGGAACACAUUCCACAGUCAAUAUCUCCAACAGGAGAAACGACUACGGCUCCAAAAGAGUUUUCUGUCCUGGGUUUGAAAAAUGUGGACGACACGAAUCCCUUCUUCUUCGGCAAAUUCACAUACGACAACGCUGGUCCGCCUGUACAAUAUUUCGAAGUUCAAAAUCGAUCGGAUAAACCGUACGAGAUUAUUGAACUGAAAGUUCACUCCAAUAGUGGUAACAAAGAGUACACUUGUAUCUAUAGAAUACGGGUUCAUGGUACUUUAAGUAAAAAGAACAGAUAAUUUCUUAUAAAUUAUGAAUUAAAAGUAGACUUUUUUCGACGACUUUGGAACCUGAGGAACCGUAUGAGAUCACGUAGAGUAUAUAUUAAUAUAAUAUUAAUUUG